UUGGUGUCGCUCAUGUUACACAGAUCUCCAUGUCUUCAGUCUUCCUCUCUUUCCCUCAGUGUCCUAGCCAGGAGCCAUAUCUCCAUUUGCCAUUAUUGGAUACCCUCUUGAGGACCUACCGAAGAUACUUUUGUUUAUAAAACUUUUUGUUGAUAGUAAUUCUUCUCCAAGCAUCAAGGUUUCCAGCUGUCAGUUGCAGAUUUUGGUGCUCUGUGGCUCUCAGGAUGCAGCAGCUGGUAUUGAAGGUCCUCUGCUCCACUCUGCUGCUUCUAGCAGUGGUGCCCUCUGUGUCCUCACUGUCAGAUUGUUCUCAAGCCGAGUCAUGUGACCUGUGCGUCGGAGACUCCAUGCUCAACCUGACAGGCUGUGUCUGGAGGCUUUGUCCAGAUGGUAAUGAUACAGGCAUGUGUGUGACUGAUGAGGGCAGCUCAGCAGACAGUGCCAUGAACUGUAGCUGGACUAGAGUGUCUGAAUUGUGCACAGUUGUAGAGACUGUAGCUGAGGGAGAAGGCAAAAGUGACUCAGGAGAUGGAGGCAGCACCAACUCAGAGUUCUCCCAGGCCAAGUUUGACAUGUCCAGUUUCAUUGGCGGCAUCAUACUUGUGCUGUGUGUACAGGCAGGCGGGUUCUUCGCCAUGCGCUUCCUCAAAUCCAAAGAGCAGAGCAACUAUGACCCCAUAGAGCAGCCACAGUGAAGACAAGGUGUAUGAAGGGCAAACAGACGAGGGUGGAGGACAGCAGAGCAGUGACUCAUCGAGUUGUGACGACAAGAGUUUUUUUUUUCUCUGAGCCCCUGUCAUUUUUGGUUUACUCCCCAUGUGUACCCCUGGGGGAUGAGUGUGUUUAUAAGAGGACAUUUUUCUCACAAUACUGCGUUGUGUAACGAGUGUCUGUGCAUGUGUUCACUGUGUUUGUAUAGUAUUCAUAUUUCAGAGAUUUUUUGGCUGAUGGUAUUACAUACAUACACUUUUUGUUCCUCACAAAUGAGGAACAAAAAGGAUCUGAUUUUCUCAGCGAUAUACAUUUUCACCAAUACUACUGCUACUGUUAAGUGUUUGUCCACCUACAAACAACAAGCAACUAUCAAGUGAGCCGUUCCAACUGUGUAAACAGUACAGCGUGGUUGUGGGAAAGAUUGAUAUACUACCAUGUAGACAGUAGGUCAGACAAGGUCAUAAGAGGCAUUUUAAAAUUUAUUUUCAAUAACCCUAAAAUAGUCCAAAAUUAGACUCUGGAGAUUUUGUCCAUCAUCUACAAAUACUUUUGAGUUAUAUGUGGAGCUGCAUAACUUUAUUAUUGUGUUUUAUUGAAACCAAAAUAUAAAAUAUUUAUGUAUGUUAUAUAUUUCUUUCAUUUGAUAACUUGCAGUGAGUUAUAUAAUUGAGCUGUUGACCUUAAUGACCUCCUAGAGGUUCCGGUUUUUGGGACAUAGAAAGUUAGACUUUAUUAUUUAACAAGGCCCAAUCGUUGUUGUAAUUGUACCUUGGACCUUUAAGCUUCACGACUACACACUCCCCUGAUUUGUGUGUUUUUGUUCUGACUUGUCAAUAACUCAGAGCCUUUUUUAUAAAUUAAUUUUCAUGGAGGAGAUUUCUGUUUUGACUGCUCAUAUUUACAUUGCAUACACAUCAGCUUUAACCAUUUCAUAGCAGUUCAAACAUAUGUGAUGUGAGCAUGUUUGCUCAUGCUAAUGCUGGUUAUGUUGAUCAAAAUAAAUUUUUUGUGAUGCCAUUAGAAUGGAAAAUGCUUUAAAAGGCUGGGGCCUGAAUAAA